AUGGGCGUUAGAGGAAACCGUAAGCAUUUAAAGCGCCUAAAUGCUCCAAAGCACUGGAUGCUUGAUAAGUUGGGUGGCAACUUUGCCCCUCGACCGAGCACUGGUCCCCAUAAACUUCGCGAGUGUCUUCCGCUAUCCAUCUUUUUGAGAAAUCGUCUUAAGUACGCUCUUACCUACGAUGAGUGCACGAAGAUUCUUGCUCAGCGUCUUGUGAAGGUCGACGGACGCGUUCGUACUGAUAAGAAGUAUCCGGCUGGCUUUAUGGAUGUCAUUUCAAUUGACCGUACCAACGAACACUUUCGUCUGAUCUACGAUACAAAGAAACGCUUCGCUAUUCAUCGUAUUCACCCAGAGGAAGCAAAAUAUAAGCUCUGCAAAAUUCGCAAGGUUUUGGUUGGUCCGGGCAAGGUCCCGUAUAUCGUGACUCACGACGGUCGUACUAUCCGUUACGCUGACCCCGAAAUCAAAGUCAACGACACCGUUCAAAUCGAUCUUACCACUGGGAGGGUUCUUAGUUUUAUCAAGUUUGAACCUGGCAAUGUCUGCAUGAUCACUGGCGGUCAUAACUUGGGUCGCGUUGGCGUUAUUACCCAGUGGGAGCGUCAUCCUGGCUCAGUAGAGAUGGUUCACGUCCGUGACAAUACUGGCCAUCAGUUCGUCACCCGUUUGAACAAUGUCUUCAUCAUCGGCAAAUCCAACAAGGCUUGGGUUUCACUGCCGAAAGGGAAGGGUAUCCGUCUCUCCGUUCUGGAGGAGCGCGACCGUCGUCUCAGAGCGAAGAGAGCUGGGCAUUAA